UGGGUCAUUCUUGUUGGAAUUAAGAACUAGUCGAGGAAACAACUAAUUGCUUUCAACCAUAAGAAAGUUACAAAAUUAGACACUAAUCUGGUUGAUUACUCUCCGUUUUUGUUUAUGAACGAUUCUUAUGAAUUCUGUUACAGUGUUACUUACUUCCGUAACCUAAUCGUCACACUCAUUCUAUUUCAUUUCAGUUAUAAAAUGACACUUAAACCUAACCUUACAUUUCUUCAUCUCCAUUUUCGAACCUUCAAUUCAACGAAGAACAAACCAUGAUGCUUUUUCACAGAUCAAAAAAACUUCCACUCUCUGCAUUCUCUUCAAUUUUCUCCAAUGUCAAAAUCAAAAAUAAAUUUCACAAUCCAUUCAUAUCUGAAUCCACUAGAUUCUACUCUGUGGAACCUGAAGAAAUUCCAAGUGGUUUCAUCGCUGGUUUAAAGUGGAAAUUCGAAAAACACGAAACCGUUCCGUUCACAAACCGAACGCGUUUCAUUCUUCCAACGAUUUCCUUCGAGAGAAAUAGAGGUCAAGAAGAGUUUGAAGAAAUUAAGAAAGGUUUCGAAGGGAGGACAUUGGAUUCAACGCAUCCAGAUUGUGUUAGGGUUUCAACGAUUGUUGAUAAAAUUAUUGAUGCAUUGAAUAAAGAGGUGAAGAAAAUGAGGCCUGCUGAAGAGAUUACUUUUUUACGCCGAAUUUGGUUGCGUUUAAUUCGAAGAUCGCCGCCUUCUACGGCGCAUUUGGAUGGAUUGAAUUGGGAGGUUUUGGUUGUUCGUUAUCCUGAUGUUGCUUGUGACUGUUACCCUGGUGGGAAGUUUGUUAUGUCUAAUGCUUUUUUUGAGCAUUUUGGAAAUGAUUUUGAGAUUGCAACUUGUAUUACUCAUGAGAUUGCGCAUAUUGUGGCCCGACACGGUGCCGAAAGGUUUACAAAGACGCUGUCGAUUAUGGCAUUGCAAAGUUUGCUUAAUCAAUCUGUCAUAACUUAUUUUAUCAAAGCCUUUCAAGAACGAAUAACCAGACGGCAUGAAAUGGAAGCUGAUUACAUUGGGCUUCUACUAAUGGCAUCAGCUGGCUAUGAUCCCCGAAUGGUCCCUAAAGUCUACGAAAAGAUGGGAAAAUUUGACGAGGCUAAAAGUGUGCCCACAAGUGCUACUCAUCCAUCAGGAGCAAAAAGAGCCAAAGCAUUGGCUCAACCUAAGAUAAUGGAAGAAGCUCUUAUUAUAUAUAAGAAUGUAAAAGCAGGAUUUGUGGUUUGAUGAUUUCAUUCUGUAGAAGCAGGCUACACAUUCAGCAUUUCACAAACUACAAAGUUGUGCUAAUGGUUCUUCAGUUCUAAGUCUGUUAUUAAGCAAUGGCAACAAGCAGUGUCUAAUUCUAAUUGUGUAAUCGUGCAAGUUUGAAUAUUAAAACAACUAAAUGACAACAAGAAACUGUUUUUAUUGCUUUUAACAUAA